AUGUGUCGAGGGGAGCCUACUGGACAAAAGGAGAUGUGGGCCGCCGAUGUUGUUGCCACUGCUGAAAGAGAUCUCAAAGCUGGGGAAAUGCUUGAUGGAGAGGGCGGGUUUACGGUGUACGGAAAGUUGAUGACUUCAGCCGACUCCUUGGCAAUCGAAGGCUUGCCGAUAGGUCUGGCUCAUGGGUUCGUUUUGAACACCGACCUCAAGAAAGACCAAAGGCUAAGCUGGGCCGAUGUUGAAUUCGAUGCAACUUCUUCAGCUGUGGGAUUCAGAAGAGAGAUGGAGACCAAAUUCCGUAAAGAAAUGGGCCCCUCCUCUUGUGCAAACGGCCAUGCAAAAUCAGAAAAUCUUAGAAACUUCCUGCAGUCGGUCCACACAACGAAGUGCAUCCAUGGGCUGCUUCCCAGUACGACCAACCAUCACCUUACUGGUUAA